AUUGUAACGGUGUCGUUCAGAAAACACAGACGUUGGAAAGUUUGGAAUUGAAGAAAAAGACUACAUAAGGUCUCACAAUGAAUGUUAUAAUGCAAGUAUUCUGGACUGUCACCUGCAUGCUUUCAAUUUCUGCUAUUAUGCUGGUAAAUGAGGCAAACAAUAUAAAAAAUGAAACAUACGAUGAAUAUAUUAAAAAUAACAUUAAAUUCGGUUCAUUAGAACUAUUAAUCCCCGCAAUAAUAAAACUUAUAGUCAUAAUUGUCUCACGUAUAUAUCACUAUAUAUAUUUGCGUAGAAUUGCUAUCUUCAAUAUGAGACUUCGAGAAAUGUUAAUGCUACCUCCAAUUCCUGAAAACAGACGACACGAAAACGAACAGCCUCACGGCGCUACACUUGCGGACAAUGCUGAAAAUGAGAAUAAUAUCAUAGUAAUUGGGGUGAUACGUCAUUAUGAAUAAUUCUGUGACUCUUUAUUAAUGUUACUUUAACAUAAAUAAUUUCAUUUAUUUGUGACACUCUUAAAAUGAAUGGAAAGCUAUAUUCAAUUUGACUGAAAACUUAUAUCGAUCCAGACAGUGCAUUUAUUGCAAUAUAUUUUGACCCAAAUUAUGUGUAAAACAAUAUAUUUUGACAAAUUUUCAACGUAAUGCAAAUAAAAAAAAUUGCAUGAAUCUAACAUCGAUUACUCAACAUCGUCAAUAUAACAGUAGGAUAAACUUUUUAUAUCUGUCUAUUAUUAGUAUUAUUAAAUAUGAGAUUAUUUGUUCAGUGUGACAAUUUUAGCUGCUAAUAUGGCCACGGCUUUUGUAGACUCCGAGAAAAAUACAGUUAAAAUUAACAUUUUUUAUUAAUAUACUGAAGUUAUUAAUUCUUAUUCUGAUUGCAAUUUUAUCAAUUGAAAUUUAUUUCAUAAUUUUAUUAAUUCUGAAACUAUUAUCGUACGUCUUGUAAAAUAACGAACUCAAUUAAGCUUUUUAAUGUAAAAUAGAGUUAACAUGAAAAUAAUUACUGAAUUAUCUUGUAUAUUAUAAAACAAGUUGAUCAUAGAAUAAUUAAGCACAGUAUUAGCGCGCGCGUGCACACACAUACACGCACGUGAAGAGCUUAUCAUAUCAUUAAGACAUUAUCUAAAUUCAUAAACGAAUUGUUUUCAGAAAUUACGAUUAAUUUAUUUUUCAGAACGAAAAUAAUAAUGACCGAGGUGUAAUAAUAUUGAUGAUUCUCUGACUUUUUAUUAAAUGGAUAAUUUCAUUUAGUGUUAACAUUAUAAAAUGUUAAUUUUAGCAUUAUUUUCUGAUUGCUAAAGUUUCCAAAAUAUUGUACCUUGUACAUGAUAAUACUAUAGUUGUAGCAAAAUUUUCUUACAGUCCUGAAUAGAAAAUAUUGAGUAAUUUUCUGAUAAUCCAACUUUUAAAUAA